AUGGGAAGAUCAAAACAUGUUACACCUCAUUCGCGAUCACAAGAAUUUUCCGAAGAUCUUUUUGUAGAUGAUAAUAAACUUUUUUGCCGGUUUUGCAAUAUAAGCAUUGGAUGGAAAAAUAAGACUACAGUUAUUACGCAUAUAAACUCAAAAGCCUAUAAAGAUGCCCGUCGCUCAUAUAUUAUCGCUAAUCGUAACGAUCGCCAACAAUCUCUUCCUACAACAUUGGAGGUUGCUAAUGAAAAAAAAAUAAUAAUUAAUGAUUUAGUAAAAGCCUGGGUGGAAGCAGACAUUCCUAUCGAAAAAAUAAACAAGCUCUGGG